UGGACUCCGCGAACCUGGCGCUCCGGCCCAGCUCUCGCCGACAAGUCUGGACUUCGCGCGCCCCCCCUCCGGGACCGCCCCCUCCUCCCUCUCUGCGACGUCGAAGAUAAACAAUAGUUGGCCGGCGAGCGUCGGGUGUGAGUCUCCCGCCGCCGGAUUCGGCGGGCUGCGUGAGACCGGCGGGAUCCCGGCCAGCCGGCCAUGGCGGGGCUUUACUCGCUAGGAGUGAGCGUCUUCUCCGACCAGGGCGGGAGGAAGUACAUGGAGGACGUUACUCAGAUCGUGGUGGAGCCCGAGCCGACAGCUGAAGAAAAGCCGUCGCCGCGGCGGGCGCUGUCGCAGCCGUCGCCUCCACAGUCGUUGCCGUCCGCCCUUCCUGGCGGCGAAGUCUCGGGGACAGGCCGAGCCCGGGACGCCCGCGACCCUGCGCCGGACGCCGGGGCCUCGCCGGGCGGCCGCUGCUGCCGCCGCCGGUCUUCCGUGGCUUUCUUCGCCGUGUGCGACGGACACGGCGGGCGGGAGGCGGCACAGUUUGCCCGGGAGCACUUAUGGGGUUUCAUCAAGAAGCAGAAGGGCUUCACCUCUUCCGAGCCAGCGAAGGUCUGCACUGCCAUCCGCAAGGGCUUUCUCGCCUGUCACCUCGCCAUGUGGAAGAAGCUGGCAGAAUGGCCAAAGACUAUGACAGGUCUGCCCAGCACAUCAGGGACGACUGCCAGUGUGGUCAUCAUACGGGGCAUGAAGAUGUAUGUAGCUCAUGUAGGUGACUCAGGGGUGGUCCUUGGAAUUCAGGAUGACCCGAAGGAUGAUUUUGUUAGAGCUGUGGAGGUGACACAGGACCAUAAACCAGAACUUCCCAAGGAAAGAGAACGAAUCGAAGGACUUGGCGGGAGUGUGAUGAACAAGUCUGGAGUGAACCGUGUAGUUUGGAAAAGGCCUCGGCUCACUCAUAGUGGACCUGUUAGAAGGAGCACAUUUAGAAGUAACAUCUUCUACUUACAUACUUGGUCCUCAGGCGAUUUGUGGAGCUACGAUUUCUUCAGUGGUGAGUUUGUGGUGUCGCCAGAGCCAGAUACGAGUGUCCACACUCUCGAUCCGCAGAAACACAAGUAUAUUAUCUUGGGGAGUGAUGGGCUUUGGAAUAUGAUUCCACCGCAAGAUGCUGUUUCGAUGUGCCAGGAUCAAGAGGAGAAAAAAUACUUGAUGGGGGAACAUGGCCAGUCUUGUGCCAAAAUGCUUGUGAAUCGAGCUUUAGGCCGCUGGAGGCAGCGUAUGCUUCGAGCAGAUAAUACCAGUGCUAUAGUAAUCUGCAUCUCGCCAGGAGCAGACAAUCAGGGAGACUUCACCAGUGAAGACGAGCUCUAUCUGAACCUGACUGACAGCCCUUCCUAUAACAGUCAGGAAACCUGUGUAACGAAUCCUUCCCCAUGUUCUACACCACCAGUCAAGUCACUGGAAGAAGAUCCAUGGCCCAGACUGAGCUCUAAAGACCAUAUACCUACCCUCGUUCGCAGUAAUGCCUUCUCAGAGAAUCUCUUAGAGAUCCCAACCGAGAUAAAUCGAGGGAGUGUCCAGGCUGUAGUUAUACCCUCAAAAGACCCAGAGCCACUGGAGGAAAACUGCACUAAAACCCUAACUUUAAGGAUACAUGAUUCUUUGAACAAUACCCUGUCAGUUGGCCUUGUGCCUACAAAUUCAACAAAUACUAUGUUGGACCAAAAAAACUUAAAGGUAUCUACUCCUGGCCAAAUGAAGGCCCAAGAAGUUGAAAGAACCCCUCCUGCAAACUUUAAAAGGACAUUAGAAGAAUCCAACUCCAGCCCACUUAUGAAGAAGCAUAGACGAAAUGGCUUAAGUCGAAGUAGCGGUGCUCAGGCUGCAAGCCUCCCAACAACCUCGCAGCGGAAGAACUCUGUUAAACUUACCAUGCGACGCAGACUUAGGGGCCAGAAGAAAAUGGGCAACCCUUUACUACAUCAGCACCGGAAAACUGUGUGUGUUUGCUGAAAUGUAUCUGGAAAUGGGGUUUUUCCAAACUUAGGAUAUGAGGGCUUUUUAAAUUUGGUGCCAUCACUCGGUGUGGUGGCGUAUGUCUGUAAUCCCAGCUCUUGGGAGGCUGAGGUGGGAGGAUUACUGCGAGUUCAGAGACCCUGUCUCAG